UACAAUUUUGAAUCCUUUAUAUUCCUGACUUUAUUAUUAAUUAUAAUUAUAACAAAAAGAGCACAAAUUCCAUUUUCAAUAUGACUUCCUGCUGCAAUAGCAGCCCCCACCCCCGUUUCUUCUCUUGUUCACUUGUCAACCCUUGUAACAGCUGGAAUUUACAUUUUAAUUCGAUUCAAUUACUUAUUUUUAAAAAUAAAUAUAACUAUUUUAAUAAUUGGGUUACUAACCAUAUUAACAUCAAGAAUUAAUGCCUUAUUUGAAUUUGAUUUAAAAAAAAUUAUUGCUUUCUCUACUCUAAGACAAUUAGGUUUAAUAAUACAUAUACUCGCUUAUAACCUAUCAAAUUAUGUAUUCUUCCAUUUAAUUUCACAUGCUAUAUUUAAAUCUUUACUUUUUCUAUGUUCAGGAAUCAUAAUCCAUUUUUUAUUAAAUUAUCAAGAUAUUCGAUUUAUAGGUUCAUUAAUUUAUGAAUGUCCAAUAGUAAUUAUAUUUUUUAAUUUUGCUAACCUAUCAUUAUGUGGAUUCCCAUUUUUAGCAGGAUUUUACUCUAAAGACAUAAUUUACGAAAUAUCCCUAAAUUUCUCUAUUAACCCAAUAAUUAUAACUUUAAUGUACAUUUCAAUUUCCUUAACAGUAAUAUAUACACUUCGAUUAAUAUAUUUUUUAACAUUCAAUUAUUCCUCCUUUUCCUCAAUAUCCCUAAAAAAAGAUAAUUUUAUUAUAAAUUUUUCUAUUACCAUAUUAUUUUUCAUAUCAAUUAUUUUUGGAAAUUUAAUAAACUGAAUAAUAUUCUCUUCCCUAAGAAUUAGUAUCCUAAAUUUUAAACUAAAAUUUUUAAUUUAUUUAAUAAUAUUU